CUUCAUCUGAGAUCAUUGGAGCUUCCAGGUUGGAUUUGACAUCUUAUUCAUAAACAGUUCGACUUGUAAUUAUGAAAUGCAACUCCUAUCCUAGCCCCUCAUAACAAGCAAAGUGAUUGAAACUGAGGUUUUCUCAAGAGAGAAGAAAGAUGAAGUUACUAGGUUGGAUGCACCGUAAGCUUCGUCAAAAUGGCAGUGAACCACUGAAGGAUUUUGCUAUUGGCAAUGCUUGCAAUUGCCUUACAGGACAGCCAUCACUUGAUGACCACCAACACUACAGAAAACCGAACUAUGGGACCAGAACAUAUAGGCAAGCACAGAAAGAGCAGCUUCGAAAUUCUUUUUCUGGCUUAGAAACAGCUCGAGUAGAAGAAGAAGAAAAGGAAGAAGAAGGAGACUACGAAGAAGAAUCAUCAGCUGAAAUAUCCGAGCUAUUCCAUGGUUUCCUGGCAAUCGGUACCUUUGGUUCAGAGCCAAUCAACACUGACCCAUCAACACCAACAUUUCCCAUCUCUGUCGAGAAUAUAACUGAGAAAGAGACUGAGGUGACAGAGAAUGAACUAAAGCUCAUUAAUGAUGAGUUGGAAAAGGUUCUGGCAGAAGAUUGCUGCAAUGACUCAUCAGGAAGGAACAGUUAUGUUAGUGCUGGAAGAAGCAGUCAUGGCAGCACUAUUACACUCAGUGGCAAGCCAGUGGAAGGGCGAGAUUCCAAUGCAGUCUGUCCCCUGCAGGGAUAUCUCUUUGGAUCAUCAAUUGAACUUUCAGAGACAACACCUGUGGCAAAGAAGGAACACAGGACAUCACUUGGCGAGCUAUUUCAGAAAACAAAAAUAGCAGAGGAAAAUUCUGGGAUUAAAUUUGAGAGAGAGGAGAAGCGCAUGGAGAAGGAAGCUGACAAAUCUGCCGUGAAUCUCAUGAAAAAGACUCUGAAGAAGAAAAUGCUCCAUGCUUCUUCUAGGAGCUCUACUGCCACUGGAGGAGGAACUCUUGAUUCUGCUUCAGCAGAAACAAAACUGCGCAAGAUCCUACACAUGUUCCACAGGAAAGUUCAUCCUGAAAGCUCAACAUCCACGAGGAAGGCCGGCAAGCCCCAAAAAAAUGAGAAUAAGAAGAGCAACAAGGGGGGUCAGGUACUCCCGAAUGAGGACAUCACCAUAGUUCCUCGAACCCUUUCAAGGAGGAGCACAAGACGCUUCAAGAGUCAAUCUAACCCACCCCACUUCACGUUUACGGGCUGUGAAUCUAACGAAAGCAGGGAAUGCUGGAUUAAAACAGAUGCAGACUAUCUGGUUUUGGAGCUGUGAAAGGCAAAUGCAGCUGUCAAGUAUGGUUUUAAAGUAUCUCCUUCAAUUGGAAAGAAGUAACGUUGGGUUUGAGAACAUUUCCGUAUAGAUGAUUGUUGCUUGUAAUAUGUGAGUGAGAUUAUUAUAUCAUGAAGAACUCGUGUGGGAAAAAUAAAUAAAAAGGGCAGUUCUCACAGUAACCUGCCUUUUGAGUGAUUGUCA